AGAGGCCACGAAAGGUUUUUUUGUCCGGCACGGCGGGAACUCCAAUUUACAAAGGUUGCGUUUUUCCGCUUCCUGAAUCAACGGGUGAAGGUAUAAGGUUUUUUCUCAUUUCACACACAAGUUCUCCGAAUUGCCUCUCCUUGAGCUAAAUGGUGGAGUGAAAGUAAAUAUGACAUAAUACUUACCUGCUUGGUAACAGGGGACACCGGGAAUUGAUACAUAUUUAUGGUUUUAACCUCGCACGAUCGUUCUAACUCUCACCGAGUACACUGUCUGUGGGGCUGCCCACUUUGCUUGAAUUAAUUAGACACUUACAAGCAUAACUAGUAUAUGUAUCACUUACAUUUGUUUUACAAAAGAUCAAAUUGUACGCUAAAAGUAAGUCUGGUCUGUGAUCAGUUCCAUGCGAACAUCCUUAGAGUCGGCUGGAAAUUCAAUAUUUACUCGGCCCAAACAGUGAAAAAUUGAACUACGACAUUUAUGCAUGGGUAUAAAACUUUUUAUACUAGCCUGGAUUAUUUUUGUUUUCUUUUGUUUCGGAUUCUGAUCAUAGAAUGGGACAAAUAAUUUAAUAAUCAAACUAAUUUGACAAAUUUUUAAUUUAGGAGAAAUUGGAAUAAGAACAGUUGCAAACACGGUCUAAAUUAACUGGCCACUUAGAAGAUCAGUUGCACCAUGCCUUAACUAAUUUCCUUGUGAAUUAGUAAGGAGAAUUUGUUGGUAGAUCAAGAUAAGGACUUCUAUCUGAUAAGUUUGAGUAUUCUCAUUACCUGUUUGCUGGAUAACGUGUGGAUAUUUUAGGGAGAAGUUACAUUUUGAUCACUUCUAGGAGUUAAAAGGUCAUAAGUAGGAUUGAUUGUAUAUUGUUUGAAGUUCUUAAGUUAGGAUUUUGUGUUCAAGGUUUUAUACCUAAUCUUUUUCUUACAAUUCACAGCUACAAAUAAUGAAUGAGUCAGCUGUUAUGGCCAAAAGGUAAGUUAUAAGCCAUUACUUCCAAAAUUUAUAGGAAACUUUAUCCAUUUCUUGGAAACCAAAUGAGUAAAUGCCAGUUGGAAUUGACAGAAAUAAUCCUUCUUGCAUUGCAUAAAACAUAUAGAUACUCAACAUGCCUUCACAGUAUGCCAUGACCAGUCUUCAAAAAAAAAAAAGUUUGGGGGUUUUUAAGUCUCUUUAGAACAAUAACUAUCUUUAGCCUUUCUAAAAUGUUAUUAAUGACUCACUCUGUAGUACCACCAAUUAAAAACAUAUCUGGGAGCUAAAGGUCCAAAUUACAUCAAAACCUGAAUUUCUUAGGGUUAACCUUCUUUUCUGCAAUUUCUUAAAUUACAGCUCAUUUGUGAGAAUCAUUUCUUUUUAAACAAUGGGCCAACUGGGUAGCAAAUCAUGUAUGUGACUGAGCUACAGACUCCUACUAGCUAUAUUGAGUAAACUUUUUAGGCCAACAGGAGUUUCAGUAAAAUGAUCUUAGUACCUUUAAGUACAUGGAAAAGUCAAAUAGUCAUUUAUAUAACCACCCCUAGCUACUUUAUCCACUCUAAGACUGUUCAUUUAAAAAUUGUUCACUGCCAUCAAGAACAGGUGCUGUUUUUUUCAGCAUUCACUGUUCUUUUUCAAGGGAAACCUGCAUGUUGUUACUCAGACAUUUCAGUUCAAAACCUCUGACCAUAGCAUUUUUAAUAGAUUAUCAUGAUACAAACACUAAAAUCCUAAUUACUCUUUUUUAUUACUUCUCUCUUUCAGAACUGGAAUUGUGUUUGAUGAAAGGAUGAAAAAGCAUUUUAAUGAAUGGGAUGCGUAAGUGAUACAAUAUUGAAUUUGAUUUUUCUUUUGUGUGUAUAGGUUGUAUUAUUUUGCCUAAUGAAUGAUACUGUUAUUGCAUUUAGGGGGCCUCUCUCUCUCAUUUUAUGCAAUCAGUGGGCUUCAGUCUUUCUCUAUCAGAUUUCCCUCCACUGUUAGCUUUUAGCCCUCUUGACACUGUUCACAAAAAUAAAUGUUCAGAUAAAAGAUUCAGCAAAAUUAAGGAUUGUUUAGGAUGCGGUUUUGAACAACAACCUCUUGUUUGAAUAACUAGACCAAAGCCUUUGAUCCAGAGUCCAGUGGGGUAACCAUUAGACACAUGGAAUAGUCUAGCUGAUCUUAUGCAGGGUUGUAAAAAUUACUUGUAAUCAUUUUGUCCUGUUGAAAUCAAGAUAGAUAGCUCCUAGUAGCAUAACCCACCUGGCGUUUAUUGACUUAGUAUAUUCACCUGCUCACAAUCUACUGUAUUAUAGGAUGAGGUAUUGAAUUUCAUUUUAUUUUAGAACUCAUCCUGAGGUUCCUGAUAGAAUACAGCGGCCAUAUGACAAACACAAGGAAUAUGGUCUCCUGGAGAGGUGUCAGGAAAUCCCAGUAAGUAAAUCAAUUGACUUAUCGAUAUUAUUGCCAGUACUAAGUUAGGGAAAUAAUUCAAACUGCUUCUGCAGUCUCCGAUCAAUUUGCCCUUUUUUUUUUUAAUUAAUUAAUAGACUGAGGUGACUUUAGUUCCUUUCUGAAAUCUGGCUCUGAAGAGACUUUCAACUCCAUUGACAAGGGAUCACUUGCUUUCCUGUAUUGUUGAUAAUAAUAUAUUUCCAACCAAAGUAUGCAAGCAACACUAACUGAGAACUGUUAGAAAUGAUUACAAAAUAACAAUAGUUAGAUUUAUAUUUAAUCAUAUAAAUAUGUACAGUAGAUAAAGUAUAUGGUCUCACUAAUUUACAGCUUGAUGUUGGAGUGCCAAUUAACAUAUGUGACAGAGAAAGCAAGUCACUUCAUGCUCAUUUUUUAAAUUUGAUAAUAAUUACCAUGUUUGAUAUUAUAUUUUCUCAAGUCUCGACUUGCUACAGAUGAAGAGCUGCUUAGUCAACACAGGUACACUAUCAGAUAACAAUUUCUAUUAUUAUCUCCAUAGUGCUAGUAAUAUUUCUAAUAAAUUAAAUAUUAUCUUUAUGAAGUAGAUAAUUGAAUAUUACAGUACAGAAUUUUUUUUGUUCCAAAACAAAGCUUCCAAUAAAAGUUAACAUUUUUAGUCUUGCAGCGUAAUCUUGAAAAGAAUCCUAGCUGCAAGCAAACUGCUGGCGGCAAAAAAAAAAAUGUUAACUGCAUGUGCUUGUGAAUGCCUGUACACUCCAAUCUGACUCGGUUCAAUUAUGAUUGAAUGGAUUAAUUAGCUCUGAGCUUAUCCAUUAAACAAGUUGUAAAAAUGCAUCAUUACAUAAUGUACAUUAUCAUUGACAGUAAAGAACAUGUAAACAAGAUGAUAUCAUCGCAGACCAUGACAAAAGAGGAACUGUACAACAUGGGGGCUCGUGAUUAUGACUCUGUCUACAUGAGUGAGGUGAGGACUGGUUUACCAGAUAUUUCACUACAUGUUUAAAAUUUUUAAAGAAAAGGGUUGUGGUUUGUCAUGGUGGUAAAUAAAACACUUUCAAAAGAGAAUUAUUAUUAUUUGUCUCACAAUGUGGUCACUCUGGAUAUGGAUCAAAGUGUUUCCACUUAACCCUGCUAGUUGUCUUCAGCUGAUGUGGUUAAUCUAGUAUGUAUGUAAUUACAAAAUAAUAUCUCCUUUCAUAUUUUUUGGAAUCAUUUUCAAUGCAGGUAAUGUAUUGGAGAUAAAUUUUUUUCCCUUACCAAUUUAUGCCUUUUGAUUGGAAGUCUACUUGUGUUUUUAACAGCAUGCUUGUGAAAGUGCUCGUGUUGCAUGUGGUUGCACUCUAUCUGCGGUGGAAGCUGUUGCAACAAACAAGGUGAAAGAAUUGAUGGCCCAUUAUUUUGUAGUUUUUACCUUAGUCUUAUUUAGCAUUCAGUGUUAUCAUGAAAAAUAUUUUUUUUCUCUCUAAAUUAGGUUCAAAAUGCAGUGGCUAUUGUAAGGUAUUCAUGUUGAGGUAUUUUAUAGUAUGGGUUGGUGUUACAUCUACAUUAAUAUAUAUUCCAUUGAUAAUAAUUUGAUUUUGAAGCUGCAUAAACCUAAAACUUCUGGAAGUGAUUAAUGUGUUGUGUCUCCUAAAACUUUUAAUAUACAAUCCUGCAAACAAGCAAUGAGAAUUAUGGAAAAGGUCAGCUUUAGGUUGUUAUCUUAAUUGAUGUAACAGUCCAUAUUCUCUUAAUUGCUUCUUUCUAUUCACAAGAAAAUGUGGUGAGGCAGAAACUGAAAAUAUCUAAGACAACUACUCAUCAGACCUUGAGAUCAUGUUUUAGUAAUUCUCCUUACUGUCUGUCUUGCAAUUCUUACAAUGCUAGUUUGUUUGGAGAAUUUGGUAUUGGAUCAAUUAUUAAUAAUUUAUUCCCUUGUUGAUAUUUUUCUUUAUUCUCAUUGCUUGUCUCCUUGAUAUUAUAAUAAUAUUGUUAGUAAGGAGAAAUUCUCAUGAUGUUAGUUUGGUUUGGAGAAUUUGGUAUUGGAUCAAUCAUUUAUAAUUAAUUCCCAAAUUGAUUUUUUUCUUUAAUUGCAUCGCUUGUCUUCUUGAUAUUAUAAUAUUAUAAGAAGUAGUUCUCUCUUGGUCAAUCAUGGGAAUUUAAGGGUUAAAAAGGUUGAGAUUACUCUAUUUGGCCACUACAAAAUGUUAGUAGUGAUUUCAAUUAAAACAUCAAAGUCAAUUUGUUUUUAUUUACUGAGAGGUAGUUUCUGCGUAAAAUUAUGAGUCACUGCCAAAAGUUUACACAGUAAACUCCUCCCCUCCUUCUCUAGUCUCUUCAUCCUAAAUCUUUCUAUAUUUGUUUUCAUUUCAUCAGGCCACCAGGGCAUCAUGCUGACACUGAGUUUGCCAUGGGUUACUGCUUUUUCAACAAUGUGGCUGUUGCUGCAAAAAUAGCUCAACAAAGAUGGAAUGUGCAGAGGUAUUUAUUGAAAAGGAACUGGGCAGUGGGCUGUUGAAUUAAUUUAUUGUGUUAUGCAGGCAAUGAUUGGGUGAAUUGUCAUAAAUAUGUAUUGAACAAAAUGUUGUACUUUUCAAAUAUGUGGUCAGAGACCUUGUCAUGUUUGUCAUCAAUUAGCGGUUUAGCCAUAGAUGUAUUUUAUGUGAAUAUUCAAAGAAAAUUUUUUAAAUAAAAGGUGAAGCAGCCCAUCAGACUUAAAGGUGUUAUCAACUAGUUGAAUGACAAAGCAAUCAUUCUUUGUUAUCUUGUGGAAUAUUCCAAUACAUAUGCCUGCUUUUCACUGAUUCACCUCUAAGCCUUUCUGACUUGUUAUCAGAUUUAAAAUGUCUCCACAUAAGCAUAUUUUCCAACAUAGCAUUGUACAGGCUAAUAGACUUUUGAAUUAUUUUGAAUAGCCACAAAUAUAAUUUUUAAUUAGAAAUUCUUGCUAACUUAAGGAUUAAUUAUAUCAUUUAACUUUUAGGGUUCUAAUUGUGGAUUGGGACAUUCACCAUGGCAAUGGCACUCAACACCUCUUUGAAUCUGAUCCCAGGUAUCGUUGAGUUUCUGUUGACUAAUUGACAUACAGUGCUGUAUCACUGAAAUGGCUUCACUGAGAUAGUGUUACAUGAGGAAGCAAGGGUUACAGCUGCAGUUGAGUUGAAAGCUUUGGAAAAGCUAGUUAAGUUAAACAAGGUUAAAUUGAAUGCAAAGUCUGGCAUGCAGUUCACCUUAGUUAUGAUAAUGAUUACUCUGCAGUUAGUGACAGAGGUACUUGAUAUUUUAUCAGGAGUGGUCACUGGCAUUUGCUUUUAAGAAGCAAGCAGAGCAGUUAUUAGCUCCUUAACUCAUUCUUGAGUUUUUUGCUCUGACAGAAAAUACAUUGUGAAUACCUUCUUAGCUGAGACAACAAGGUGUAAUAAUUUUUCAAAUGCAUGAUUUUAUGUGCUACACCAAUUAGAUAAGAAAGAAAGUUGUUCAAUUUGUUUAUCAAUAUCCUUUAUGGUUUAUUUCUAGUGUUUUGUACUUUUCCAUUCAUCGAUACAAUCAUGCCCAGUUUUUUCCUUUCUCUACUUCUGCUAAUUUUGAUGUUGUCGGCGAUGGACCUGGCAAAGGGUAUACUGUGAAUGUACCUUGGAAUGAGGUAAAUGAAGGAGAGUUCUGUUUUCAAUAGAGCUGGUUUUUAGAUGACUUUCAUAAACCCAAAAUCCACUUUAUUACAACUGCCAAGCAUAUUUCAAAUUUUUAUUAAUAGCUUUGUUUGAAAGGAUGCCAGGGAAAACUGCAAAUCAGUUGAGGAGAUUGUGUGCUUUUUCUUAGCCAGUUAAAGUGUACACAAGUUAAACCAAAUGAAUUUAAACAGGAUUUUUUGAAAAGCAUAAUUUUAAAAAAAUAAUCUUUGACAUUUUAAUAGUCUUUUCUUUUGAUAGCCAAGCUUUGUAUUGAGUAUGAAGUGAUUAUCUAUCAGGGUUAAAAAAAAAAAAAGCAACAGGUUUUUUGUAAAUUUUUAUUGAAAAAGUUUCAUUUUUUAAUCAACAGAAGCAUAUGGGUGAUGCUGAUUAUUUGGCCGUUUUUCAUCACAUUUUACUUCCUAUUGCUUAUGAGGUAACACAUUGGUCUGGAGAUGUGUUAUUCCUCUAGAUUUUUUACAUAGUUCAUUAUUUCCAUCAUAUAUAUGCCAUCAGGCAGUGAUCCUGGAAAGUAUUGUUAAAUUACUACAGUAACUGGAGGUUAAAGUUCUUUUGAAGGUGACAAUAUUGUUGGUGGUUCUUGUCGUUUUUAUUCAAAACUAAAAUGUUAGCCAACCAGAGCCAAAAUAAAUAGAAUAUGGUGCCAAUAAGAACUCAAAUAAAUGUAUGUCUAACUUAAUGCUUCAAUUGUUCAUCUUUUGUUUGAUUGGUUUAGGAUGGGGAGUGCAUAAUCUUAUUAACCAAAGAAAAAAUUUUUGAAGGCAUCACAACCUUAGCAAUCCUGGAUUGUUAGAUAAAUUGAAAACCACUCUGAGUAUUUGUUGUUUGUGAAAUUUAUUUCAGUUUGAUCCUGAUCUUGUUUUGGUGUCGGCUGGUUUUGACUCAGCUCAAGGAGAUCCAAAAGUAAAGAUUGGUAUUUGUACCCUUGAUCCUUUAACUCCCAAGAUCUCAUCAGUAAUUCCCUGAACUGUCUGCCAUAUACCAGUAGUUCUUGUGAUGUUAGUUUGGAGAAUUUGGUAUUAGAUCAACUAAUAAUCUCCUAAUUAAUAUUUUCUUUAUUCUCAUCACUUGUCUGGUUGAUAUCGUAUUUGAUGUUGUAAGGAGAAAUUCUGUCUUGGUCACUCCCAACUUGACAGAAUAUCGUCCCCCUCCCAUAUCCCCAAAAAAGUGUGACCCCAUUCUUUAGACAAGCUAGUAACUCUAUUGAGAAUGAAUCCCCAAUGUAGUCAAUCCUGUUGUGAAAAUGCCACCCCAUCCAGUAGCACAUCUAGCCUAUUACUAGGAAGUACCCUCCUGUCCCCCUACCCCACCUCCCCCUCCCCUGGGCUUGCAUCUCUCACGUGUUUUUGUAUGUAACUGAUGAGAAUACGAUUUCCUGUGUGCCUUUAGAGUUAAUCUGAUUCCCCUUCAAAUUUAUUUUAUGUUUCAUAUGAGACUGAAGGUGAAUUUGAAUUGACAGGGACUUUGUGAUAUAACACCAGAAGGUUACCAUCACCUUACAAGAAUGCUGAUGAAUUUAGCCACUGGAAGAGUAGUUGUUGUUCUUGAGGUACUUGCAUUCAUUUCCAGUGAUAUUGGGGUUCAUCCAAACCUUUUGACUUUUGCAAAACUGAGACUAUUCUUGUUUGUUUGGAGGCAAAUUGGCAGAGAGAUUGUUGACCAUGGAUUUAAAAUCUGGUCAUCCACAGUUCAACUUCUUUACUAUGUCACCCAAGCCUAGGAGUAAGCCCUCAUUACCCACUUCAACUCAUCCCCAAAUCUUCCGCAAGCAGAGAAACACAUGUCUUGCAGCACUCAUAAUAAGUGCCUGCUCAUCGGCUAAUACCACCCAACUCAAUUUCUUCUUAGUUAGUCCUGAGUUCAAUUGCUAUACUGCUCUCAAUCAAUAGCUUACAGGUUUCUUCUUCUUCUUUACAAUUUCUUUUUCCUUUUACUUUAAUUUUGUUUUUGUAUCAACCCACUUAGCAGAUGUAUGCUUUAAAGAUCAGAACCUAAUGAGCUUAAUGAGCAAUUGUCCCCUCUAAAUAUAUAUUAAGAGAUGUCCUCACCCUCACCCUUACCCCCCCUCCCCCCCCCUGGUCAGUUUCAUCACAACCUAUUCCAUUAGAGGAGUGGGGGUGACUCAAAAUACCCUCAGCUUAGUGACAAUUAUCUACAAUUUGUUUGCUUUUUCGCUUUUUCUAGGGAGGUUAUAAUCUUACUUCAGUGGAGGAAUCUAUGUGUGCUUGUACUUCUUCUCUUCUUGGAGAUCCAUGCCCACAACUUGAUGGCCCCAUGACACCUUGUGACAGGUAACACAACCAUUUUGUUGGGUAUUCAAAGUUGCUUCUUCUAACGUCACCUGUCAUCGCAGGCUUAUAGUGAUAGCUUCUUGUGCCUCUUAGAAAAAAAGGUUGUUUAACUUCUGAAUCUGUGGAUGUCACCCCAGUGUGUGAUCAUUCAGAUUCAAGCUGGCAAACAGGUCUUUCAUGUUUAGCUGAUUAUUUUGCUAUACAAUGAAUUCUUUCAAUUUAAGGUCUGGAUGGACUGAUCCUCAUCAGUGACUAUCUGAAAAAAAGCUAUCACGCUGCACUAAAUUUUUCUCAACAUGGUUAGAUGUGUUUUAAAACUAUUUUAAUUUUUAUUAAGCAGUAGUAAAACACUUUCACACUAACCUCAUAACUCUUGUUUCUCUCCACCUAUGUAGUUGUUUAGAGACCAUAGUAAAUGUUGUUGGUGAACAGAGCAAGUAUUGGAAGUCGCUGAAGCUUGCAAGUACGUUUAUCGUGAGUGUGGGUUUCUGCACAGUAUAAAUAGGCAAAUCAUUCAGUAAACUUUAAAUUUAAUUUCUUGCUGAAGAAAAAAUACCACACGAUAUAUUUAUUUUCCAGCUUGAUACUCACUGUAACCUGGGGAGUGGGAAUAGCACAGUGGUAAGAGCACUCACCUCCCAAGGCUGUGGCUUGGGUUCUGACGACACAUGUGGUUUGAGUUCAUUGUUGGUUCUUGUCCAUGCCCCCAAUGGUCUUUCUCUGGGUUCUCUGGUUUUCCUCCCCCAACAAAAACCAACAUUCCAAAUUCUAAUUCAACCAGGAAACAGUGGACAGGAAGAGCCACCUCAUGGAUUGUUCACUCUUAAAUAAUAAUAAUAAUAAUAAUAAUAAUAAUAAUAAUAAUAAUAAUAAUAAUAAUAACAUUAAUAAUAAUAAUAAUAAUAAUAAUAAAUCUUCUUCUUAUCAUUCCUAUUAUUAUUAUUAUUAUUAUUAUUAACCUACCACUCAGAGGUUUUUACUUUAUGUAAUCCUUUGCCACGCCUGGUGUACCUGUAUAAGCUUGUGCCUCUAUUUUCAUGUUUUAGAAGCUAUUCUUUAUGUCUACCUUAAUUCCCCUCUAGCCUUGUUAAGUGGAAAUAUCCAAGAUGCUGAAGACAAACCCAAAGAAGAAAAGAAAAUCAAGUGA